GUUGGAAGUUGAUGUGUGACUUGUUGACAAGUCUGUAACAACCUGUAUGUUUUUUUUUGGAAAUGACUAGAUAAAAUUAUAGAUUCUUAUAAUGGGCGAUGAAUCAAAGAAAACUUUAAGUAAGAUUCCACUUUUGAAGACUAAAGCUGGGCCUAGAGACAAAGAAUUAUGGCCCCAAAGGUUGAAAGAGGAAUAUAUUUCACUCAUACAGUAUGUUCAAAAUAAUAAGAAAACAGAUAAUGACUGGUUUAAAUUGGAAUCAAACAAAGAAGGCACAAGGUGGUUUGGAAAGUGUUGGUUUAUCCAUAAUUUGUUGAAAUAUGAAUUUGACAUUGAGUUUGAUAUACCUGUUACAUUUCCUGUCACAGCACCGGAGAUAGCAAUACCAGAACUUGAUGGAAAAACUGCAAAAAUGUAUAGAGGUGGUAAAAUUUGCUUGUCCGACCAUUUUAAACCUUUAUGGGGAAAGAAUGUGCCUAAGUUUGGUAUUGCACAUGCUAUGGCUCUUGGUUUAGGACCUUGGCUCGCUGUUGAAGUUCCAGAUUUGAUAGAAAAAGGUGUAAUUAAAUAUAAAGAAAAGGAACAAUCUUGAUAGGUUUGGUCUACUACACUGAAAAAUGUGACUGAAAUACUACUCAUUGUGUACCAUCUGCUAAUUAAUAUAACAUGCAAGAAAGUUCCGUUGAGAGCUCAUAAGUAUAUUUUUUUAAGUUUACCGAUUUUUAUAUUUUCAAUUCUUUUCUCUAAUGAAAGGUUGAUUUCUGUUGUUUAUUUCACGUUUUUAUUCUUUUGACCAUAGAUUAUAGAUUUCGUUAAUGUUAAUGAAUUUAAUGUGUAAAAUUGUAAAUAAAACGUUAAUUUUUUUUUCUAAAAAUGUUAAAAUUAGUUCAUUUUUUUAUGAUUAACAAUUAAUUUUUUAUAAAGUUUGUUUUCAUUGUUAAUAAUUAUUUUGUUAUUGAUUUCUCGCUCAGGUUUUGUUUUUUUAUUAUUUUAUAUCUGAUAAGCAUUAAGAGUUUUUAUCAAAUACAUAAAAGAUAGUGAACAGGCUCCCUUGAAAAUGAUAUGCAAUAGGUUUAUUUAUUUUUAUAAUGUAUUUCUAAACACUACAUGUGUGUUAAUAGACAGAUGAAAGAAAAGUAAAUCAUAUUUUUUGUAAUUAAAAAUGUAGUAAAUACCAAAUGGAAUGAUUGAAUGAAAUAUAAUGUCAAUUUUGUGAUCUAUAUUUUGUUUUGUGUAAUAUUAUUAUUUUUUUUCCAUAAAUUUUGUUAUUCAUCAAUUUUUUUCUUAUCUGAUGUCAUAGGCAGGAAGAAAGAAGUAUUUGAAUGUGCACUGUAAGUGUAUCAUUCAAACAUCUUGUCGUGUUAUUUUUUAUUUCCCUUCUAUUUUUCAAACCAAUUCUAGUAAAUGGUAAAGCUUUAUAUUGUUUAAUAAAGUAUUUGCUGGAGCUUUCGUGAUCGUAAUGUGUCAACCCUACAGAUAUCUAGAGGUUGUAACUCUUUUGUAAUUAAAAGUUUUAUUAUAUGGGAUUACCGCAAUAUAAGUAAUAUUGCGUUUAUUUUUUAUGAAUUGUUGAGUCAUUUUAUUGCAAAGGGGGAAGAAAGUGAAUGCAAAGUCCUGUUUUUAACAUAAAUUCUAUUAUACUAUUUGUUUUGUUUUUUAAUAUUUGUCUAGAUAUAAUAAAAUUUCUAAUUGAGGUAUAACACAUAGUAAGAGUGAAGUACUGUUGAUUAUAUUUUCUGUGCAAAUAAUGAAUCUGGUUUAUUUGUAUGAUGACUUAAGUUACCUUGUUACCUUUCAUUUAAUGUUUUUAAUAAAGAAAUCACUCAUUUCAGAAGUAAUCAAACAUUUAGAAUAUACUUUUUUGAAACAAAUAAAAAUCAUAUAGCACCAAAUAGUCAUUGCUUUAUCAAGUUAAUCUUAGUCAAACAUAUCAUCGAUUCAAAUGCUUACUAUCAAAUCACAACUAAUAUCAUCAUCAAUUCAGCCCAAACAACGAGGAUAUUUUAAUUUCCACACUAAUUUGUUCUUUUAUGAAUGUUUAAAGAUUUUGUAUUUGCUCUUUAAAAAUAUUUAAUAACAAUUACAAUCGCUAGAGUGCAGGAUUGAAUUUUUUUCAGAUUUGAUAGCAUUUGUAUCAACGAUAUAAGCUACAAUGAUGAAUGAAAAAUCAAAAAGGUGAUAAUUAUACAUACAAAUAAAUGUUCUGUUUUUAUCAAUAAUAACUUUGAAAUAUUAAAGCAUUACUCUAAUAAAUAAAAAAUACAUAACAUUUAUAAAGGAACACUUGAAUUAUUCAAAUAACAUUAAAAUGCCACAA